GUGUCCUUGCUGAGGCAGCGGAAGUCUGACUGACACAAACUGACUCUAAAAACCAGCGUAAUAUUACCUUCCCGGGUAAAUUAUGUCUGUGAAACACGCCAUUAGCCGGGGGCUCGAGAUGGGCCGGUCGGUCUUCCAGCUGGGUCUCCUUAAAUCUGGAGGCCGAGUGGCAGCAAAGCUCCGAGCUGACCGUUUCCGUGUAGGCCCGUCGGUCCGCAGCGCUCAGCCUCAGGCUUUCCUGCCGUCUCGGUACCGGUAUUACCGGACCUCACUGAGGGGCCUGGCGGCGCAGCUCCAGUCCGCCGGUUUCAGGAGGAUGAUGGGCGGCGGAUCCCCGAGAAACAGAGCCGUGUUUUUGGCUUUCGGUCUCGGUGUGGGACUCAUCGAGCAGCAGCUUGAGGAUGACCGGAGGAGUGCUGCGACAUGCCAGGAGAUACAGGCUGUGUUUAGCAAGAAAAGAUUUCAGACUCCUCUUAAGCCGUUUACCUCAGGAUACAAACUGGAGGAUUACAUUAUUGGGAACCAGAUCGGGAAAGGUUCGAAUGCAGCUGUGUACGAGGCUGCAGCUCGGUUUGCCCCUCCGAAGGAAAGCAACAGGAAGUGCUCCCUGGUGCAGCUGAGAGAAGAUGAAGAGGAAGGGGAGAUGUCUCGAUCUCUGACCUGCUGCUCCUCGCUGAGAAACUUCCCUUUGGCCGUCAAGAUGAUGUGGAAUUUCGGGGCGGGAUCGUCAAGCGAGGCCAUAUUAAAAUCCAUGUCCCAGGAGCUGGUGCCUGCUGGCCCCCUGGCUUUGAAGCAGGAAAAAGAGCAAAUAACUCUGGAUGGACAUUUUGGAGACCUGCCCAAAAGAGUGUCAGCACACCCAAAUGUGAUCAGAGUGUACCGGGCUUUCACAGCAGACGUCCCUUUGCUGCCAGGUGCUCGGGAAGAGUAUCCGGAUGUGUUGCCAGCCAGACUGAACCCUGCUGGUCUGGGCAAUAACCGCACUCUUUUCCUGGUCAUGAAGAAUUAUCCAUGCACGCUGCGACAGUACCUAGAAGUGUCCACACCCGGCCGCAAGCAGAGCUCCAUGAUGUUGCUGCAGCUCCUCGAGGGGGUCGACCAUUUGUGCAGACAGGGUGUUGCUCACAGGGAUCUCAAAUCAGACAACGUGCUCUUGGAGUUUGACUCAGACGGCUGCCCUCAUCUGGUGAUUACUGACUUUGGCUGCUGCUUGGCUCAGAAUGACUCUAGUCUGCAGCUGCCCUUCAACAGCAUGUGGGUCAACAGAGGAGGGAAUGCCUCCUUAAUGGCCCCUGAGGUUUCCAGUGCGCUUCCAGGGUCUGGAGUGGUGAUCGACUACAGCAAGGCAGAUGCCUGGGCUGUGGGUGCCAUCGCCUAUGAGAUAUUCGGCCAGCAUAACCCGUUCUAUCGACCAGUGGCAUUAGAGAGCAGGAGUUACCAGGAGAAGCAACUUCCUGCUCUGCCCUCCAGUGUUCCAGCUGAUGUCCAGUUAGUGGUUGGAUUACUCCUCAGGAGAGACCCAAGCAUGCGCCCCAGUGCUCGUGUGGCAGCUAACAUGCUUCAUCUCAGCCUCUGGGGACGGAAGGCACUGGCCAAUCAGGACAGCACAGGCAUGAGGAAGUUGGCUGAUUGGCUGCUGUGCCAAUCUGCUGUGGUUCUCCUGAGGGGCUGUAGCGGACCCAGUGGGAACACUGUGGAGGCGGAGCUUCAAAGGAGCUUCCUGUCUAACCUGGACCUGGAGGACCUUCGCACCGCUGUGGGAUUCCUCCUCUAUGGGCGAGAGCAGCGUCAGGCCUGCAUACUGUCUGCAUAGAUCCACUAUCACUCACUCAAACACAUAACUUAGACCUCCUGUUAUGGAUAAACUGAGCCUCAUAUUUAGUCAGACACCUAUAUUUGUAACAUUUAUAGUAUGAGCUUUUAAAUCGAAUGGCUCUAAAGGCAAACUCCUUUGACACUCUUACACUGUUAAUCAUAAUAUGAUACUUUCAGUGUAUUCCAACAGCUAUUGUGAAUUAUCAAGUGUUCACCUGGUCACCUCUAAACCAGUAUAGUCUAUUCCUACUGGAGCUGCUGAUCCACAUUUCCUAGUAUGUGUUCUCACAAUUUCAUGAAUUGGUCGCACCCAGCAUGAAAAACAAAGUGCUACUAGUUCCUCUUACGGAAAGGGAUCCUGGACUGUUGAGGCUGUUGCUGGAGAAAUAAGCUUGGUUCUUUGCUAUAAUGAAUUUCUAAUUGGUUUGUAAUAACUAAAUAAGCCAAGAAAUGCAAGGUGUCAAUGGAUACUGGCAUGUCUGCUAUAAGAGAGGGUAUUUAAUUUGACAAGCUCUUAAGCACUUUUUAGAUAUUUUUUUAGGCAAGACCCCACAAACAUACCUGUGUGUUUGAUGGAAAUUGGUCUGUGUACAAGAUUUGGACUGAUAAAGAUGAACGUCAAUGCAGAUAUUUUAAAAUAAAGCAAUAUACAGAACCUGUCAGACCCUACUGUGUAGGGCUACAUAGGUUUUACACAUUUUACAGGUACUAUUCAGUCCUUAAAAAGCUCAUAUGUCCAUCAAACUGUAAUCAAACAGCUGGUUGCAAGUGAGUGUCUGUAGCACUUACUUGUUCACCUAUUCUGCACAACAUAAUGCAUGUAAAAACCACCCUGACAUGUUACUUCACAGUAAUCGCAUCAGUGAUGAUAAAUAGUAUUGAUCGACCUCAAGGAUGUAAUUUAGUUUUUUUUUGCUGUGAUUUGCACUUUAUGUCCAUGUUUGCACUUGCUCAGAAUCUUUGUUCCAGCUACCUUGUGUUUGUUCAUUGCUACAGUUCUCUAUAACACCUAUUAUACUUUGGUGAAUUAUGAAAUAAUAAUGCCAAAACCCAUGACUUGAAUAUAGUGAUUUAACCCUCCGAACAUCACUGAAAUCAACACUAGUCAGUUAAGCCUAUAGUUUUGGCAUUAUAACAUGCAUCAUAUAAUACCAUAUAAUCAUUUGGUUUGCUGGGAUACAAGAUAGAGAAUUGGCAUUGUUUUCAUAUGAAAGAUGGUGAGAAAUAUUUUGGAUAAGUGUAGAUUUUUCUGCUGUGUUUUAGAAUAAAAAUAUCUGUCUGAAAUGA